GGGAGCCUUUGAUCCACUUGGGAGAAUACUGUUUUGUGGCCACAGCCGGGCACAGUCAGUUUUCACUAAUCUGUUUCUAUUUCAGCUGUUUUCCUUUGAUCUACUCAAAUGUCCAAAGAGGGUGCAAUUUCUACAGGUCAGAAAGUUUGAACACUGUAGUAAGUCAUACAGUUUGCUGUACUAUUUUCACCUCCACAGCUUUACCAUGAACACCUACCUCUUCGUGUAUGACUUGAUGCAAUUCUGUGGACAUUCCUGGAUAUUUACAAACAUGAUCAUCAGGUUCAUGUCAUUUGGAAAAGAUUCACUGGCAGACACCUUUUACUCCCUAGGAUUUGUGAUGCGCCUUUGCCAGUUGUUAUCUGUAUUGGAGAUCCUACACAUACUCAUUGGCAUUGAUAAAAGCUGCCUCUUCCCCAGGGUUUUGCAGAUCACAGAGAGAAUAAUUGUUUUAUUUGUUGUGAUCAACAGUCAGGAAGAAGUUCAAGGGAAGUACAUCGUGUGCAUUUUAUUUUUUCUUUGGAAUGUAUUAGAUGUGGUCAGGUACACUUACAACAUGCUAGCAAGGAUGGGAAUAUACUACCUACCACUGACAUGGCUCAACUUCUCACUGUGUAUCCUGCUCUAUCCUCUUUCAGUUCUGGCUAAAGCACUUGCAAUUUGUGUAUCACUGCCUUAUUUUGAAUCCUUUGGCACAUACUCCAUGAAGCUACUAUUUCCAUUUGCCUUCUCAAUCUACUUCCCCUAUAUUCUGAAAGCAUAUCUGCUGGUGCUCUUUAUAGGUAAGUAUCUCAUCUUCCAGCAAGCUGUGUUUCAGCACAACUUGGAUGCCUAUGGCAACAACAAAAAAAUCAGAUCAGUAAAGAUUCUUUCACAAACACUAACUCUCUGCCACAUCUCCUGAACACUACUGCAGGAAGGCUCAUCACCAAGUGUUUUGAUUUCUGAUGUCAUAAAAAUACAAAACAAAAAUAUAAAAAUUGCCUUUUGUUUAUAUCAAUUUCCAUCUGAUCAUACCUUCAUUCUGUGCAACCCCUCCUCACUCAUUCCUUUGAGCUGGUAUGAGAAGUUGUAUCUAAAAUGAAGACUUCUACAGGUUGCUUAUUGAAAGUGGUGAAAAGAAGAGCCACCCUAAAACCUGCAUGUAAAUAGACCCUUCUCAACAAACUGCUUUUGAAAAUUUUGAACUGAAUUUGGCUGCAUUACAGCCAUGUCUUCAUUCUGUCAUUGGCUUUAAGACCAAUUUGAAGGAUCUCGUCUUUGUGAUACAGUGCUCUGUAAGUCAUUUAAGGAACUAUGCAAGUUGCCAGAUGAAGGCUUAUACUGUUCCUCCUGCAUUAAUUGAAGACACUUUGGACUCUACUCCCUAGUUCUUACAAUGUUUUGUGUUUUGAUUCAGGUAUGUGCUUUGUCAUCCAGAACCUCUUCUCUGAAAGGAAGGCACACCUAGGGACAGGCAACAUCAAAAAGAAAAGAAGCUAAGUUGAUAAGUUGUUUGGAAAUAAUUAGUAUAUUCCCAGUGGGCUGCUGCACAUCAUACAUUAAAAAGAAGUUAGGCAAAGAUUUCAGAUGCAAAACUCCUGUUUGCAUGUUCAUCAACUUGUUAUUGAACAAGCACAGAAUUUUCAGAAAAGGCAUCUAUCUUUAAGGCAUCUCAGAAAUAGAACAUCUCAAAAUAAUGAGUUACUUUUUACAGUUUUGGUUUCAAAUGCAAGAAAUGCUUUUGAAUGGAUAUAAAAAAUUAAUAUAUUUUUUCUAACGUAUUAGAGAACUCUGAAAAAGACAAAAGAGCACCUCCACUCACAAUCACGCUAACAACCCUGACGUUGGCGUUAGCUCUUGCCUCAUUAGCAACAGAUAUUCUGUAAUGACAAUACCAUUUAAUCUAUAAGAUUAUUUUAUAUUCAGCCAACAUGUAUGUGCCUUAUAAAUAUAAAUGCUAAACUAGCUAGAACUGGAAUCUCUCAAGGAGCCAAAGCUGGAAACUUUGCAACCUAUGCAAUUCACAUGCUAAAUAGUCCCAGGCAUUCACAAAGGAUCCCUCACAUUCUGGCCCAACCUCCACUUCGGCAAACAAGAUUACAGAAAAUCCAGCUAAACCACAAAGGCAAGUGAUCAAGUACUCAUGUACUAUAUAUUCUAGGGGAUAUUUAAGGCUCGAACUAAAAACUUAUAACUGUGUGUCUGGCAGACGUUAGGAAUCUCUUUCCCACACUGAUCUUCUCCCAUGCUGAACAGCAGACAGAUAUGCAAAAGAAAUGUGAUGUUAGGCCAAAUACAUGUUAUUUAAGGGGAAGUGAAUGACUACCAGAAGCCAAAUGCAAAAUUCUAAUCAUUUUACUCAAGUGCAUUGCUCCUCAUACUUCUGUAGGAUUAUCUGUGAGAAUGCAACUAGAACACAGUCACUUCAAAGACUGAGGAAUGAAGAAUAUGGACAGCAACCAAGUGGACUGGCAAAAAUGGACAAAUAAUUGCUUUGAGCUGGCAGUGGCUUUUCUGAUGUUUCAUCCAUAUUGAUGACCACCUACAUUUGAAUUCAAGCAGGUGAGGGAGGAAAGCGAGUUUAUUUUUUUUUUUCAAGCAUGACUGAAAACUGUGGGAGAGAAAAGACUAUUGUUGAAGGGAAGAAAAUACUUAAGGGGAAAUGAACACUACCACAAAAGAGAGUUUGCGUGCAUGACUUUCUAAACCAGACAGCCUAAGAGGACAUAUUAGGAAGGAGUGAAGCUGAACUAGUUUCUUAUGAAAGGUCACCUGUAAUUUUUAUUUAUUUAUUUAAUAUAUGUGGCAGGCAGUGUGUUCAGACUGUUGUGACCAAUGGAGUACUUGCAGACCUUAUGGAACAGUAGAGGGUAAACCCUAGAUUUUCAUUAUUUUUUUUUCCUGGAAAGCAUUACAAACAAAGGUAGGACUUAGGAACUCAUUAGAGAAACAGAAGUACUUCCACUUUGGACUUCUGUAUGACCCAAACUGAUUUAAGUGUGGACUAUAUGAAGAAACACACAGAGCAGCUGCACUUCAAAUUAUAUAACAUGUAAAGGCCAAACAAGGACAUUUUUCCCCUUGGAAAUUUAAUCUAAUGUGUUUAUCAUCAAACUGCCUGGAGUUAGCAUACCUUCUUAGAGGAAACAUGGCAUUUGCUAGUGUAUUGGGUCUAUGUGGCAAGGCUUUGGCAGUGGGGAAGCUGCAGUGAGAGCCUCAGUGAGAAGCCAAGGGCUUCACCCAUGCCAGACAUAGCUAGCUCCAGCUAGCUCCAAAACGGAGCAACUAUGGGACACUGCCAAGAGAAACUGCAGAGCUGAUGGCAGCUCUGUGAAAUCAUUCUUAAUAAAAGGUAAAAAAAAUACUAUGUGUAGCUGUGAGACAGAAGAAUAAGGAAAUUGUGAGACACCAAGGUCAGUGGGGAAAGAGGUGGUGCUCUAGGCACUGCAGUAGAUGCCCCUGCGGUCCAUGGAGAAGACCAAGACGGAGCAGAUGGAACCCUGUGCUGCAGCAGGUGGAUGUGCUCUGAAGGAAGUUGCAGCAUGAAGAGGCCAAACAGGAGCAAGUUCCUGGCAGGAACAGUUCAGAGCUGCAACCUGUGAGAAGAAAUUAUGCUGGGGCAGUUCAUGAAGGACUGUAUACCACGGGAGGGACCCCAUGCUGGAGCAGGGGAGCAACAUGAAGAGGAACGAGCAGCAGAGAUGAAUGUUUAUGAACUGACUGUAAUCCACAUCCCCUACCCACCCUGCACUGCCUGGGGAGGUAAGAGGUAGAAGAGUCGGGAAUGAAGGAGUAAAGUUGAGCCUAGGAAGAAGAGUUGGGUGGAAGAAAGUUGUUUUCAGUUUCAUUUUUGUUUCUUACCAUCCUACUCUACUUUGAAUUGGCAAUAAAUUACUCUUCCACAAGUAAAGUCCAGUUUUGUGAGAGUAAAUGGCAAAUAACCUCCCCGUCUUUAUCAUGACCCAUGAGCUACCUCAACCUAAAUUCUCCCCGUCCUGUUGAGGAGGCAGAGAGAGGACCUGAAUGGGCAUCUGGCAGCCAUCCAAGGUCAAAGGUACCACAGAUAUUUGUAUUAAGUCAUAUUUAUGCAUUUAUGUUAAAAAAAAAAAUACCAGUAUGUGGUGCUCCCCCUGUGCACUGAUUCUCACAACUGGCUGAAACACUGGAAGGAGAGAUAUUCUUUAAAAUUCACUAUGGGGAGGACCCCCAAACCUAAACUGCAGGC